AUGGGAUCCGGAAAGCAACAUUACUAUGGGAGCGACACCGUGGGAGCGGCACCAUGGGAGCGACACCAUGGGAGCGACACCAUGGGAGCGACACCGUGGGAGCGGCACCAUGGGAGCGACACCGUGGGAGCGGCACCAUGGGAGCGGCACCAUGGGAGCGACACCGUGGGAGCGGCACCAUGGGAGCGGCACCAUGGGAGCGACACCGUGGGAGCGGCACCAUGGGAGCGGCACCAUGGGAGCGACACCGUGGGAGCGGCACCAUGGGAGCGGCACCAUGGGAGCGACACCAUGGGAGCGACACCAUGGGAGCGGCACCAUGGGAGCGACACCAUACAUAGUGAUGACGAUAGUGACCGUGACUCACAAGCUUGA